UAGCCAUGGGCCGCCGCUGCUGCGUGGCCAACUGCCCGUCGACGUCGCGUCUGCUGGAGCACCACGGCGUGACCUACCACUCCUUCCCCCUCGAUCCCAUCAUCCGGGCCAUUUGGAUCAAGAACUCUCGCAUUAGUUUGGAGCGCCAGAUCACCAAGAGUGUUUUGGUUUGCUCCCGCCACUUCCGCCGCCUUGAUUUCAACACCAUUCGCAAUGGCAAGUAUCUGCUCAAGCCGCGCGUCUUUCCCACCGUUUUUCCCUGGGGCAAAAUGGAUUCCUCCGAGAUUGAGGCGGAUCACCGGGCACUGCAGCAUGCCAGCGUGGAGGGAACAACUGGAGCACCGGGAACAGCUCAAUCCUCGGCCAACGAGGAUGUGAUCAAGGCCACGGUGGACCAAAUAGUGGCGCAAAUCCUGGCGGAAACAGCCGAACGCAAGGCCACCGAGGAGGCCAAGGCUGAAAAGGCUGAGGAGGAGGCCAAGGCGACUGCUGAAACCAGCGAAGAUGCCACCAAGGCGGCUACAGAGGAGUCCCCAGCUGCUCCGGGACCCUCUGCCGUGGAAACUACUCUGCCCGCUGCUGGAACCGCCUCCAAUUCCAACUCGCCACUUCCCGGCACUCCACCCAAGUACAGCAACCCACACAACCUGACCAUCGGCGCCCGCUUGGAGGCCCUCAGCGUGGAGGGCAACUGGUUGCCCGCCCGCAUCGUCGAGGUCAACGAGACGGAGCAGACGCUCCUCGUGCGCUUCGAGCGCAACCACAAGCUGAAGGUGUCGCCCUCGACGAGCGGCAGCUUCCAGGAGUGGAUGGCCAUCAAGUCGGAGCGGCUGAGGCAGCGCCUCAGCACCCGCGUGCUGCCCGUCUUCGAGCUGGAGGAGAAGUGCAUGGCCCGCUGGUCGGGGCCGCGCAAGUUCCCGGGCACCAUUCGCAAGCUGCUGGGCAACGACACCUACGAGGUGCUCUUCGACGAUGGCUACAUCAAGAACGUGCGCGCCGUGCACAUGAACAAGAUGCCCAAGCAACUGCCAGCGGCUGUCCAGCCAACGGAUGAUGCGGCGUCCAAGGUGCCCACUCCUGUUGGAACCCCUGUUGUUGCUACUCCCCAGGCUCCCAAGCGAACCAGCACGGGCAGCGUGGGUGCAGCCAGUGGAUCGUCGAGCAGCAAGAAGAGCAAGAGCACCCCACAGCGCAGGGAUUGGCCGCUGUUGGACAUGGCCAGUUUGGACAUAGCUUCCCUAGGUCUUCCCGAGAUUCCGCACGAUGGAGAGUGGACUUGUCACUGGGUAAACGACCAACCGAUCGGGACAGAGGGCUUUCUGAUUGUGGGCGAGCACCAGAAACCCACGGUUAUCGUGCAGGACUGGCGCCUGCCGCCUGGCUGGAUUAAGCACAUGUACCAGCGCUCCAAUGUGCUAGGCAAGUGGGAUGUCAUUCUGGUCUCGCCCAGCGGCAAGCGGUUCCGCUCCAAGUCCGAUUUGAAGCUGUUUCUAGAGUCACAGGACCUAGUCUACAACCCAGAUGUGUAUGACUUUAGCAUCCACCGACGACGGGCCAAGGACAUCAACGCUUAUGUCUACACGCACGACUACAAUCCGCAGCCAACGCCGAAGCCCAGGCCCAUGGAUGUGUCAAUGGACUCGACUCUGGACCAGAGUAACACAACGCAGCCCUCGUUGCCUUCGACACCGAUGCCGGUGAAGGAAAGCCAGUACAUGGAAGCGCCAGUGGCCUCGCUAAUGCCACCGGCGGAGCUGAUGUCUCCACAGGCCCAGCUCACCGAUGAGGCAAAGCCUAAGACAACCCCAGAGCUACUGGAAGCCAUCGAGGGAGCUCCUGCUCAACAAUUGCCAGGAGAUCCUCCGCUGGUGGAGAACGGCUUUGCUUUUAUUGGCGGCUUAAAGGUCCAAAUCCAGGAUAAUCUGUACGUUUGUCCGCGCGAAGAUUGCGGCAAGACCUAUCGCAAAGAAGAUUUUCUGCUCAUCCAUAUUCGGCAUUACCACAAGGAGUUUGCCGAAUACGUGAGCCACUGCCCAAAGAUGCAGGAACUGGCGGUGAAGCGCACGCAUCCCUCAUCCAUUGAGCAGGGCGAUGCGGCGCCCAAGAACCAGAUACCAAACCAGCAAUUCUUUGCCAAGAUGCACCAGCAGGAUAUGCAGCAGUCGCGGUCAUUUAAACGUCAGACGCUCCCAACUUCGCCGGGAACCCCAUCUGGAAUAUCGCCUACAAAAGCUUUGUUAUCUCCGAAAAUGGAGCCACCAGGCACGCCAACUGUUGAGGGUGGCAUUAACCCAGAAGAUGUUUCUUUAGAGGCUGGAGCUUCCCUCUCGCUAAACCCGGCUUUAAAUCGAUCUAGCAAGCGCGCUCGUUACUCGCCGAGCAAACGCCCUUCUGGUUCAAGGAAGAGCAAUCGUCAGCGCUCCCAGCGUCGCGGCAAUUUGACGGACAGCUCGGCUGGUCAUUCCCUGAACGAAGCAGAUCCCGAGGAGACACGGCAAUCCUUCAACACCCCGACUCCCGAUUCACGCAACGACUCGAAGAAACGACGCGUUGGUGCGGCUGCAACUCCCAUUAGCUCCGUUGACUCGCCAGCCACGGCGGAUUCGGUAUCGACGCCGUCAUCCAAUGACCAGGCGGACAUUAAUGCUGCACUUGCGCCGCCGCCGGCUGAAAAUAAAGCACCGCAGUACAUCAAGGAGAACGGCGAACUAAUACGAAUUGUGCGAAUGCGACAGGAGGAGAUCAUCAAUUGCAUCUGCGAGUACGGAGAAGAGGACGGUCUGAUGAUCCAAUGCGAGCUGUGUUUGUGCUGGCAGCACGGCGCCUGCAAUGGGAUUGUAAAAGAGUCGGAUGUGCCGGACAAGUACGUGUGCUACAUCUGUCGUAAUCCGCAAAGGGGAAGGGACUCCAUGCGGUUUAAGCAUGACCAGGACUGGCUGUUCGAGGGCAAGUUGCCGGUGGCCGCAUACCACACCGCUAAUCCACAGGCCGCCAAGCAAUUUGAGCUCUUAAAGCGCUCUCACACGCUGACCGGCAAUUUGCUGGACGCCAAGCGAUCGAUGCAUUCGCUGCUGGUUAAGAUCAAUAUCGCACGCAACCGCUGUCACCCGAAGCUGUAUCUGUGGGCCAAGAAGUGGGACGAGGACAACGUGGAAAACACUGCUGCGACGCCGGUGAAGCGUCCGAAGACGGAGCACCCUGACCUUCCAAACGUUCCGCAGCCAGAGGCCGCCAUCGAUCCAGAGGAGUGCCAGUACCGCCUGAUCGAGCAUGUAAAGGUGCAGCAAUCACUGGUCGUUAAUCGACUCAAUGACAUCGAGGCAGAAAUGGAUGAACUUGAAAAAGAGGACAGCUUUGAUGACUUAAAGGAGGGGGAUAUCUCUGUAACCAAAGAGGCGCUUGCCACGUUCAUCAAGGAGCUGGAGACUAUGAAGCGCCUGGCCAAGCUUAACCAGGUGGCAAAUAUGAAGCAGAGCCUGAAAGACUCUGCCACUAACCAAUAACUUAAAAGUUGAUCGAUUUCCAUUAACUGGGAGCUGAGAA